GGGAAGGGUCUUUCUCUAUCGCCGCGUUUGGAGAGGAGACGGCUGGUUUUUCAGCGAUGAGACUUAGCAGUAACCCCUUACAAUGGGUGAUGUUCUAGCUUACGAAGCUGAGCUGCUGGGACUAGUGAAAGAGUAUUUGGAUUUUGCUGAUUUUGAAGAAACAGUGAAGAUAUUGGUGAAGGAAUGUAAAAUAAAAGGGAAGCCACUACCUAAAUCGGCAGGUGUUUCCCUGAGAGAUUCAAAAGCUUUGACUAUUCAGAAAGAUCUACUUACAGCAUUUGAAAAUGGAGAGCAGAAAGUUUUCUUCCGACUUUGGAAGGAGCAUAUAUCGUCUUCAGUUCGAGACAGUGAGCCGGUUGCUCAGAAGCUGGAGUUCUAUCUUCACAUACAUUUUGCCACCUACCUCUUGAAACACUCUGUGGGAAAGCCUGACAAAGCUGAACUUGAGGAAAGGAUUUCUCUCUUUAAAACAUACCUAGAAACAAAAGGAGCUGCACUUAGCCAGACAACAGAGUUUCUUCCCUUCUAUGCUUUGCCUUUUGUUCCUAAUCCCAUGGUACAUCCUUCAUUUAAAGAACUUUUCCAGGAUUCUUGGACAUCGGAUUUAAGGACAAGAUUGGAAAAGUUCCUGUCUCUGACUCUCAAAGCCAGCCAGACACCCAGGCUUCUCACUUUAUUUAAGGAGAAUGGGCAGUGCAACAAAGAGAUGUUACAACAGCUUCAUCAACAGUUAGUGGAGUCUGAGCGCAGGACCAUGACCUACCUGAAACGAUUUAACAAAAUGCAAGCAGACUACCAUAACCUCAUUGGGGUCACUGCAGAGCUCGUGGAUUCCUUGGAGGCCACAGUCAAUGGCAAGAUGAUCACACCAGAAUAUCUUCAAAGUGUUUGUGUUCGCUUGUUUAGCAAUCAGAUGAGACAAAGUGUAGCACAAAGUAUUGACUUCACAAGGCCUGGAACUGGAUAUUACUCUAUGAGCCCUUGUGAUGACGAAUAUGCUUCUACAAUGUUAAGAGCAUCUUUAGCCCCUGUGAAGAUGCAGGAUGUGCCGUUGUUGCCCUCUUUGGAUUAUGAGAAGCUGAAGAAAGAUUUGAUUAUGGGGAAUGAUCGUCUCAAGGCCUUCUUACUGCAGGCCCUGCGCUGGCGCUUGACAACAUCAUACCCUGGAGAACAAAGAGACACUGUCCUGCAAGCAUACAUCAGUAAUGACCUGCUAGAUUGCCACAGCAAUUGUCAGAGAGGUGUCCUCAAAUUAUUACAUUCAAAGAGUGAGGUAGUCAGACAGUACAUGGCAAGGCUCAUCAAUGCUUUUGCUUCGCUGGCAGAAGGUCGUCUCUACCUUUCUCAGAAUCCAAAGUUGCUGCGAAUGCUGGAGGAGAGACUGAAAGCUGAAGACAAGGAUUCCCUUACACGAGAGAAUGUUCUGGGGGCUCUGCAGAAAUUUAGCCUCAGGCGUGCACUGCAAUCGGCAAUGAUCAGAGAUGGGCUCAUUUUCUGGCUGGUUGAUGUUCUAACAGAUACAGAUUGCCUGUCUGAUUACACACUGGAGUAUUCGGUUGCCUUGCUCAUGAAUCUUUGUCUGAGGAGUGCAGGAAAGAAAAUGUGUGCAAAGAUCGCAAACCGUGUGCUCAAAGUUCUUUCUGAUCUUCUUGGCCAUGAGAAUCAUGAGAUACAACCGUAUGUGAAUGGAGCACUGUAUAGCAUUCUCGCUAUCCCUUCUGUCCGAGAGGAAGCCAGAGCAAUGGGAAUGGAAGAAAUUCUGCGCUGCUUUAUCAAGGAAGGAAAUGCAGAGAUGAUCCGACAGAUUGAAUUUAUUAUCAAGCAGCUCAAUUCAGAAGAGCCAUUGAAUGAUAGUGUUGUGUCUGAUGAUGAAGAGGAGGAAGAGGAUGAGGAAGAGGACCAUGACACCAUGGAGGCUGAUCUGGACAAAGAUGAGCUUUUACAGCCUCAACUGGGAGAGCUUGCAGGAGAGAAGCUGCUGACAACUGAGUACUUGGGAAUAAUGACUCAUACUCCAAAAACCAAGAAGAAGCUGUUCCCUGGUGUCCAUCAGAGUAUAGACGAGCCUCUCCAGAGACCUGUGACACCAGGUUGUCACAGGACUGUGUACCCAAUGCCAGAAAACGAUGACAUUUCUUGCCAUAGUAGGGAUGAAAAACUCCAGUCCCUGCCGAGUGGUCGUCCUCCCAUUCGUAGUGGGAGCAGGUCCAGCAUUUCUGACCUCUGCAUUUCCUCUUCAUCAAUUGAAAUGGAGUCAUCGAAGAUAUUCUCAUCAGGCCACAGAAUGGACCAACACAUCCCAGCUGUUGACAACAUCUUGUCUUCCCGAUCUACUGAGUUCACCCAGGACAACGUAAAUGGGCAACCUAAUAGUGAGUUUUCCUCAGCCUUUACCAGCAAACCUAAGAUCCCUCGCACUCCUGAAGUGCAGAGUGCCAGCCCUAGAAAGGGAAAGAUCCCGACCAUUGCCCCCCAGUUCUCUCAGUCUGGACCCCAGCAAAUGAGCCGCCCCAGUUCUUCAGGAUCGUCCACAAGGAGCAGGCAGAGCAGCCAGUCCUACAGGAAGUGAGAACAGUUGCUUUCCUCAAGAAUCACCUGUCACAUUGCUGAAGGAUGGAGCCAGCUUCCUGUAAUGACCUUUACUGGCGACCUACCUGAGAAGAGAGUGGGUUAUUAAUAUCGCACAUGUACACCUUGCACAGUGAUUCAGGGAUUAUCUGAUGGGAUGCAUCUUCUGUUGUUUCUACACCUGGUUAAAACAAGGGCCUUGUUACAAUUCAAGGUCUUAGCAGCAGCCCAGGACUGAUAUGAUAGAUGAAUGUACUCCCAGUGUCUCUGAUAGUUUACUCCUAAGAGACAGUGCCACCUUGAGAAGAGUCUCGUGUUCUCUGCCUUCUGUGUCAGAGUAAAUGGCCUUUAGAGAUGGUCUGCAGGGCUCAGCGCAGGAGUCUGGCCAGGCAGCUGUCUUGUUUACAUAUCGCUUGCUGAACUAGCCUGUCCCUUGCUUUUUCAAAACUACACCCUUGUGGAUGAGCUGGGGGACAUCUGUAUUCAAAGGAUGUGCACUGAGAGUUUUGUGUGGGAUGAGAUCUGGGCUUGACCGCCACAGACUGGAGAAAAAGCAUUUCAUCAACUUGUGAUUUGACCUGGAGCAAUUGAAAAACACUACACCAUUGCCCCAAGUGGAGUCCUUGCUCACCUCUGAGGAUCUGAUGAGCAGCUUUAUCUGCAGCUAUUACUCCUAUACGUUCUUUCUAGGUUGUGUUCUUUCUUAAUUUUGCUUUUUAACGUUUGCAGAAUGAAUAAUCCACUUUUCCGCUGGAAUGAACAACUUUGUUUCUUCAUUCAGAGGAGAAGCCAUAAAAACGUGAACAGAUCAGAAGCAACUUUCCCUUACCAUUUGGUUAUGGGCAAGCGCCUUUGAUCUGUGUCACGUUUUCUGAUGUUCUUCACUUCUGAACAAUGUUUUGUCUUUAUGAAAUCUGGACUGAUCUUCAGUCAGUGUGAAAUGAUCUCUAGGCAAGAGAGAUCGGGAAGCCCUUCACUAAAUAAAAAUCCAGCAGUUAAUUCUGCCAGUGAUGUAAGAAGCCAAUACUGUUUGUUGUUCUUCCUCUCAAAAGUAACAGUGAUGAGGAAACGCUGAAGUCUUCAUUGACCGUUGGCUUUUCAAUAACAUCCCCUCAUGUGACACUGCUGUUAGGACAACAGCAACACCUUUUCCGGAAACACAGUUUGCCUUGGAACUUGGCUGCUGCUGGCAGGGGGGAGUGUAUUUGUCAUAGGUGGAAAGCAAAUGCUUUAGGAGGUACAAAAAGGGAGAAGUUAAAGCUUUUCUUUCAGAGGUUCAGCUCAAGAAACAAACAAGAGGAGCAUAGUCUAAAAGCCACUCCAAAUAGUAACAUUUACCUUCCUCUGGAGGAAAGAGUUGCGCAGCCACAAACUGUUUCCAUAGGACUGGAAGAAAACUUUGUGCUUGCACUGAGACCUUGGACUGUGCCUGUGGGUAUGCAGUGGCAACUGAGCGGCCAAGGCAAUUACCUCGUGUGAUGUAGUUGCCAUGAGAGGGACCAAGAUCAGUGACAGCGUCCGAUUCUUGCAGAAAGGGACCCCACCCUCAGGUUGCUGUAACCUCUUUGAAUAAUAGACUUUAAAUUGGAAUCAGGAUCUUUUUGUAGGGCAAGAGAACCCCCAGUUUAAAAUCUAGUCAUGUUCACGUGUAGAUUAUAAUUUACUCUUUGGUGACUUCAGGGUGUUCCCAGGCCUAGCUUAAAGUAGUUGGAGUGCAGAUGUUGCCUGAACUCCCAAACUGCAUAGGACCUAAGGUGGAUUAUAGGCCCUUGAUAGCCUCUGUCCUAUAAAUCUCCAUGCUAAGCAAAGAAAUGACAGAAAAUCUCCAACCUGUCCUUAGAUUCACCUACCUCCUCUCGAAGGUAAUAAACACAAUUAAUAGAAAAAUGUCCUGUGAUUCACAUAAAGGGAGCAACGGAAAGCAGCCAUGAAAACUCACCUUGUGGUUUUCUAGUAUAGCCAACUUUUCUUUUUCCUCUGAAACCAUGUCUUCUUUCCAGCAAGUAAUAUCAAUGGCCAAGUUGUUAACAUGGAAGUGCUGCGCACGUUCAUUUGCAUAUGUGGACAUACAGAAUGCCCCAGCAGUUGAGUUUUAUUUAUUUUAUGGCAGUGCUAAGUUUCAGGUUGGAGCAGACCUGACCUUGAGAGGCAGCUUUUGAGAAGUGUUGAGUGCAGGUAACUACUUAACAAACAAACCAAAACAAAACAUAACAACCCCCCCCCCUCCAAUUCCCCCAGCUUAGUGGGCGUACCAUGAGUGGAGACCAAAACUGUAUCCUUGUAAGUCAGCUAAAGGAGGUUGAUAGGCACCCGGCAGAAGAUCUAGAUUAGUAAAAAUCCAAAAUGCUUCUUGCAGAACUGAACUGAAGGAAACAAGCUGAAGCGUGUGAAUAAGCGUGUGUGUUUCUUGCUCUGCCCUGCUGCGAGGCAGAACUCCGUACGUACUUUUUUGCGUGCUCAACUCUUAGUGUGAGUAUAGAGUUCGAAAACCGUGAGGGUAUUUUUUUAUAUUAAUGCUUGAGAAACUUCUGUUUCCCAAAUGCUUGGGAUGAGGGAAACUGUGUAUAUACUUUGAAAUACUUUGAAAUAAAUUAUCAGCUGAGCAGCAGUUUGAGAAGCUGACAAGGUAACCUGUCCCUCUUUGCUCUGCAGCGUUCACAGAAAGCCCCUGCAACGUACUCAGAAGCUUUUGAAGCUAAUGAGAAAUGUUGAUAUUGUGCUUGUCAGUCGGACACCGCUAUUCAGGGCUGAAAGGUCCCUGGAUAAGUGACCCCUGGAUCCGUGACAUGUACACAGUAAAUUCUGCAUCUCACUCUUAAAAGUUGUUGGGUGUUUUUUCUAUGCACCGUGCAGAGGCUGCUGCUAGACGCAACACCACCCUGGUAAAUUCAUAAUUGGACCGGUGAAAACUGCCUGCUUGAAUGAGAGGGGUGUGAUUGUACUUAACCUGGCUAUGGUCUUGUUUACAGGGAGCAAAUGUAGUAAUUGCACCUAUCACAUAGAUCUGAAAGGAAAGAUUUUCUGGGACCAAAGGGUUAUGUGAUUCUACCACGUUUCUUGGAUAUAGCUUUUCUAUAUAGUCAGUCUAAUUUUGUUUAUGGAUAGUGUAAUACAAGACAUGAACUGCAUACGUCUAUUUAAAUUUGCAUGGAGGGCUUAGUCACUCUGUAAGAUUGCUUUAAAACCAGCUGGCAGUGAUUGGGUGAAUAUGUUUCUUAAGGGAUAUGUUCAUUUCUCUCUCUCUCUGGUAGAUCUCUUUGGGGUCAUGUGGAUUUUUAGGGUGUGCAUUUCACAUUUCACUACGUUUUAUUAUUGACAAAUUCGUUUGCCAACUAUUUUGUCUCCACCUGAAUUGAAAACACAGCUCCCUCCUGUUCGGCCUGGCCUGCCUCUGCAGCGUGUUUGCUCAGAAGUGGUGCAGAGCAGGCAUGAACCACUCAUUGUGUUUGGUCUCUCAUGAGGAGAGCCUAGGCAUGUAGGAUGCCACCAGUGACAUUGGUUUGGUGUCAGAAGUUAUUAUUUCUUGGUGGAUUGAAAUGUGUAGAGCAGGACAAGCGAGGAAGUUCUCUGGAGGUAAAAUAUUCCUGUCCUGGGGAAGGACAAAGGUUGCUUGGUUUGGUUUUGUUCUUUUUAAAGAAAGUUCACUAGUCUUUAUAAAUCGUGGUGGAGGUUACAGGGUGGAAAUGAAACGCGCUACAUUGCAUUCGUACACAUCUUUGAAUAGUAGUAGUAGAAAAGCAAGCAAGCUACCUUCCUUGCAGGCAUUUAAGUACAUCUGGACUUUCCCUUUAGCUUGGGGCAUAAGUCUAUCUUUGAGCCAAAACUUCCUGGCAGUUUGCACUGUCUUCACACUUGCUUGCAAUCUGGCUCCAGAUUGGAACAAGUUGCUUCCCAGGAGGAGGGAGCUCUGGGGCUGGAGCAGGGGAGUGGGAGAGCCAGGAGGUGCCCCUUGCCCAGCAAGAGUAGUCUCACCGAGGAGCGUCUGAGCUGCGCCCCAGUCCUGCCCGGCACCUUGGACCCUGCGGCGCACUGUGGGCAUGGCUAGCAACGAGCGUACGGAUGUAGUCUCAUAUACCUCUGCUGACCCCAGGAGAAACUAAGUAGCAGAAUAUCUCUGUGGUUAAGCCAUGUGGACUUCUCCAGGCCAUACUGCACUUUGCAGAAACCUGUGCUUGUUCGUAUGGAUUGUAAAAGGAAUGGGGCUCUCGAGGAUUUGUUGAAGGGAGAGAAAGAAAAUGUUUCGGGGCAAACAAAACAAACUUCAAAUCAGGCUGUUCUAGCCAAGCUUUCUGGGAAUCUGCUACUAACAGCAGCAACAAUUUUGAAAAGAAACAAAACUUCCGGGUGCAGGAGCUGUCCCACCUUAUCAGGCCAGCAAUUUUUCUAGCCUAGCAUCUUGUCAGUGCUCAGUAUCUGAUGUUUCAAAGCAAGGUUUUUCCCAUGUCCAGACUUCUUUCUGCCCUGAGGUGGGUGGACGUUAUAUCCGAUUAUGGGAUCCUGAUCCAACCUUCCAUUCUUUAAGGAUCUGAUGCUCUCCAAACAACAGACUGAGUGGCAAACUCUAGGAUGUCUAGUAAGCUUCUGGAACAUGUACUGCUUUUAUUACAAGUUCUCUCAGCAGUCCUGGCAUAUGUUGCAAGUUUCCAAGAAAUGAGUGCAUUACUUUAUUGCAAUGAAAGUGAAAAUACUUCACUGCGUAAACAUACAAACUGUAAGAAAUCCAUUUGACAGUCUGGAAUGUUCAUUUUGGGUUUAUCUUCUUUGAAAUGUGGUAAAUGCUCUUCUGAUGACUUGAAAUGCACAGUUUUGGAGAGUGUAAAUUAUUUUGUUCGCUUCGGGUGUGAAUGACCUAAUGAUGUCUUUAAUUAAAAAAAGGUUUCCAUUAUGUCUUGGUGUUU